UAAGCUAACCAUAAAAUAAAACCGUGUUUUUUAUUCGUAGUUUUUUUUGUAUGUAAAAUUAAAAUGAAUACAACUAAAGAAAAGGAUAAUUCAUCAAUGGAAAGUAAUGAAACAAGCUUAUUAGUUGUGGUAUUAGAUACAAAUCCGGCUCAACGAAUUAUUCAAGAAAAUCCACAUGUUUUAAGUCAAUGUUUAGAUGCAGUGAUUGCAUUUGGUAAUUCACAUUUAAUGCAAAAAGGACAAAAUAAAUUAGCAAUGAUAGCUUGUCACACGGCCGCCACCGAAUUUCUAUAUCCUGGAGCAGGUAAACCAAUUGAUGUACGACAAAUUGAUGGACAAUAUGAAGUGUUUACCAUGGUUGAACGAACAGUGAAGCAGAAUUUAGCCACAAUGUUAACAAAACAAAAACCAAUUGCUAGUGGUGAAUCUUUAUUAGCCGGAGCAUUAUCGAUGGCUCUCUGUUAUAUAGUUCGGUUUAUUCGUAAUAAAGUACCAGGUAGUAAGUUAAAUUCUAGAAUAUUAGUGGUGACCGGUAGCAGUGAUUCGGCGUCUCAAUACAUGAAUUAUAUGAACGUGAUAUUUACAGCCCAAAAAUUGAAUAUUGUAAUCGAUGUAUGCUCCUUGGAUCAACAUUUAAGUUUGUUACAACAAGGUUGUGACAUUACAAAUGGACUUUACUUAAAAGUACCACAGUUACAGGGACUUUUACAAUAUUUAUUGUGGGUGUUCCUGCCAGAACCUCCAGUUCGACAAAAAUUAGUUUUGCCGCCACCUGUUAAAGUUGAUUAUAGAGCUGCAUGUUUUUGCCAUAGAGAACUUAUUGACAUCGGAUACGUUUGUUCGGUUUGUUUAUCAAUUUUUUGUAAAUUCAGUCCAAUUUGUACAACAUGCCAUACUGUGUUUAAAAUGCCCGGUCCAUUGCCAACAAAACCAAAGAAGAAAAAACUUAAACUAUAAUAAAACUUCUAUUUAAU